AGAGAGAGAGAGCGAACGCAAGAAUGGCUCGUGUAUAAACAGCUGUGAUUUCCAAUCAAACAGCAGUCAAAGGGUGUAAGAGAAUCUACAUGUGACACAUCUGUGGAAAUUCGGAUAUGUUCUUGCAGUCUUUGCAGAAGGAUCGACUGUGCUUGUCCAUUAAGGCCAUUUUGUGCGACGUAGAGUUGGCGGAUCCAGCAUUACCUUGCAGGAUUUCAGUGGAUGCAGACUGCUGUGGUCGCAAGACGUGAUGGCUUUCGCCAACGCUGGAGACCCGCGAGGAAGCGCUUAACCACAAAUGGAAGACAACAAGUCGAAGUUGCCCGUAACUAUUGAGAUUAAUUGGCAGUGCAGCACAAUAGCAUGGCCACGACCCGAAGAGGACAUCCAGAGCAACCAUAAAUGGCACAACUUCACGUGAGUGCCAUCAUUGCUCCAAGGAAGCGGUGAUGAUGGUUUACGCUUCCAUAUGUGCAUAAUGCCUUUUUUCAUGUGCAAAGGCCGUAGGAAAUUAUAGGACAUUCAUUUUGCAACUUGAUUGAUCAGAUCAAAUACGAUACAAUAUCAUAUAUGAAGGGAUAGUAAACAUUGAAGACAUACAGUAGAUGUAGCAAUCAAUAGAGUCCUCGGUGUUAAAAAAUAAAGAUAACUUAUUGUCUUUUUUUUAAAGGGCUUUGUACACGUGCAUAUUUUAUGACUGGGUACUGAGGAUCAAUCCCAGCUUCAAUGACCUCUUAAUGCUGAGAGGCUUUCGACAGAAGGUCACAGGGGGCUAUCUGACACACAUAGUCAAUAGAAUUCUGCAUCCUUUUAGAGGCCAGCUUUAGAUGUUCAUCAACAUGGACUGACUUUUUUUCCACCCAACCCGAAACACUUCAAAACAUUAAACGGCAUUUUGCAUUGAAUCACUUGGUGAAAUGUGUGUCUUAUCUACCUGACGUUUCAUUUCACUUGGAUUUGGACGCCGACAGUGUGAAAUUACAAGACGAUGAAGAGGACCAUCAAGGACUGUGGCCAAAUACCCGGCUGCACGCAAGGAUGGGCUUUGUUGUGCUUUUGAACCUCGUCAACGGAAUCACCUGUUAGCAGGGCCAUGUGGGGCAGCAACAACACCUGCGGCAGCACCACCAACCAAGCCAGCGUUGAUGUAUCAAGCUUCCAAAGACUGUGGCCUUGAACGUUUGAUCAGCUGAUGAACGGCCUAUUACGCUUUAAAGGUUGCUGCUUAUUCAACUUCGAGAAAGAAGAGUUUGUGGGUUGUUUCCUCAGUUACCGGCCUAGUGACGACCACCCCAGAGGCCAUGGUAUUAACCAGUGGAAAUCUAACGUCGUUCAAAGCCCCAGGAGAUCACGAGGCACCCACACCGUCAGUGCUGAGCGCUGCCGAGACUAACACUGUCCUGAAGGGUAUCAUGGUGGCAGCUCAGGCCCUGGUACUCCUCUCCAUUUUCCUUCUCUCCAGCCUGGGUAAUUUUGCAGUCUUAAUUGUCAUCAUCAAACACAGACAGCUCCAGACAGUGACCAAUGCUUUCAUUAUGUCUCUGUCGCUGUCCGACUUCCUCACAGCCAUCCUAUGCCUGCCCUUCUCCUUUGUCAUGCUCUUCAGUAAGGACGGUGUCUGGAUGUUUGGGGAUUGUUUCUGUGUGGCGAACGGGUUUUUCAACACCUGCUUUGGCAUCAUCUCCACCUUGACCAUGACUUUGAUCUCGUUUGACAGGUACUAUGCCAUCGUCAGACAGCCACAGGCGAAAAUCGGGCGACAGAAAGCCACUAAGUUGUUGAUCGCUGUGUGGGUAACUGCAGUUAUGUUCUCCCUUCCGUGGUAUCUGUUCAUGCAAAGGCCAAAAGAAAUCCAUAAGCAAGGUUUCUACCACUGUAUGUAUGUUUUCCACUCUGGGACCUCACACAUGGGAAGAGCUUAUAGCAUCUCUCUUAUAAUUGUGUGUUACAUUUUGCCCUUUUCCCUUAUGUGUUUCUGUCAUUACAACAUCUGCAAGACAGUCCGCCUCUCGGAAAUACGAGUCAGGCCUGUGACUACGUACGCUUACUUACUACGAUUCUACAGUGAGAUGCGCACAGCUACCACCGUUCUCAUUAUGAUUGUUUUCAUCAUUUUUUGUUGGGGGCCAUAUUGUUUAAUGGGGCUGAUUAGCGCAUUAGGAGACUACACUUUCAACCCUGUGAUGGACACAGUGGCCAUUUGGCUAGCUUGGGCAAACGGAGCCAUCAACCCCCUGAUCUACGCCAUGAGGAACCCCAAUAUAUCUAUGUUGCUGGGGCGCAAAAGAGAAGAGGGCUAUCGGACCAGAAAUAUCGCGCCAUACUUGCCAAGCCACACCCAGAACCGGGACAUUUGUCUUACUCAGGUGGAGAAGAUAAGGGGUCGCUAUUUGAGUCGAGUGGGAAUGAAUAGUAACAGCAGACUGUCAAGUUCAAGUCCUGGCAAAGGAGCAGGGGGGGAGGUUACAAUGUGGGCCAGCAAAAACCCUGCUGUGUUUUUCUGCAGGGAUGCCCAGCAAGAUAGCGCAACACCCCCCAACGUUGUCAGCGCACCAGCAAUGAAGACGGCGGACACCAGUCUGUAGUUAUUUGGAAACAAAUUUGCUGCAUUUACUUUAUUUCCUCAUCUGUCAACUUAAGAUGUGCUUCUUAUUGUGUGAUGUGCAGUGAGGUUCAUGGCUGGUGAGGCAGACGAUAACAAGAAGAAGAGAAUAUUUACAUUUGUUGUGAGUCCUCCUUGUCUUCUUUUAGUUUGAAAAGUGUCUCAGCCGCUUAGCCUCUCUGUAGAAGCACAGCAGCCCCUUCACGGGUAACCAGGGUAGCGUGCGCCACAUCGAUGAUAUUUCUCUGGAGUUUAUUGUCCCCUUGGCAAGGAUAGUGAUGCCACGCUUACACUGAAGACGUCAAACAGGCUGGAAAAAGUCAUGCUGUGUAAUGUUUCUGCAAAAAUGACAGUUUUGACGUGCUGAUGAACAGAAACAGGCACACGCCAUCCAACCCACUAGCCACCGCUAGCUGAAGGACUGCACGCUCGGGCUCACCUUAGGUUUCUGACCUGUGUUUGAUCAGAAAAUGAACAAGUCCGGCAAGCUUUACUUUAGAAGACAUUAAAAAGGAUUGGGAUCGUACAGAAAAUGCAUCUAAAACAAAGUUAAACGGACAAAUAUUUAUUUCAUGUUAUCAUUAUUUCGUUUUUUUCAUGAUGACCGCACAUCACUGUAUAUGACGACAAAUGCUUACUCAGUUUUAUCUCAAUUCUUAUUUCCACAUGACCACGGGUAUCUAAAAAUAACUAGGACUGUCAAAUGAUUCAAAUUCUUAAUCAGAUUAAUCACAGUUUUCAAGUUAAUGCAUCAUGAUUAAUCACCAUUUGCAGCUAUGUUUGUAUUAUGCCCAUUUUUACUGUAUUUUAUUGAAAGAAAGAAAGAUGAUAGGACAGGAUUAUACAUAUUUGUAUGUUUGAGCUCAAAAUUCACUGAAAAUUUAAAUCAAGCUAAAAGACACAUGUGGAAAUGUCUUUACCUAACACUUGUUUCUUUAAUGGCAGAACAUUUCAGUCCCACUUUAACCGUGUUAUUAUGAGCAAUGAGGGGUUGCGGUCAAAGGAACUGCCUCAUUGCCUCCGCCAAGGAGGUCAUGUUUUUUCCGGCGUUUAUCAGUUUGUUUGUUUGUGUUCAAAAUAACUUCAAAAGUUCUGGAUGGAUAUGGAUGAAAUUUUCAUGACUUGUCGGAAAUGGGAUAUGGAAGAGGGGCCGCACGGUGGUCCAGUGGUUAGCAUGUUGGCCAACACAGUAACAGCCUGGAGAUCGGGAAGACCUGGGUUCGAUCCUCCAUUGGGCAUCUCUGUGUGGAGUUUGCAUGUUCUCUCCGUGCAUGCGUGGGUUUUCUCCGGGUACUCCGGUUUCCUCCCACAUUCCAAAAACAUGCAUGUUAGCUUCAUUGGAGACUCUAAAUUGUCCAUAGGUAUGAAUGUGAGUGUGAAUGGUUGUUUGUCUAUAUGUGCCCUGCGAUUGGCUGCCAACCAGUCCAGGGUGUACCCCGCCUGUCGCUGGGAUAGGCUCCAGCAUGCCCCCGCGACCCUAAUGAGGAGAAGUGGUAUAGAAAAUGGAUGGAUGGAUGGGAUAUGGAAGACUGAAUUUCCAGAUCACCGUUUGGAUCCAAGGGAUUUUUGAACAUUGCGAGAUAGGAUCAUUUUCAGCAUUUGCGCUUAUAACUUAUAACAGCUUUAAACAAAAAAUGGUCAGAGCGCUUUGAAAAACAAAGAGGUUCUACAAAAUAUCAAAGACUGAUCCAGAUAAAGGAAUAAUUUCAGAUGCUAUGAUCCAGAGUAUAAAAAAACAUGAGGCCUUGGGAGUUUUCAUCAUAGGAAGACAACAAAUGUUGUUUUUUUUUAUUCCUGCCAGGAUAUUAGCUCUGUUCAUCCAAACAGGCCCGGGUUUCACACUGAGUGAGUAGAAAUGUGAAUGAUUCUAAAAUCCUUUUAUUUUUGUUUAUUUGAUUCCUACACUGACACUGUGAUGAGAACAACGUUAUACUGUCAAUGUAGGCUACAGAGUUCAUUUGUUAGCAUUUUCGGCUGGUGGUGAGCCUCGUGGUUUUUUCAAUCAAAAAAAUGUGCCUUGGCACAAAAAAGGUUGAAAAACACUGAACUAGAGACAUAAACUGAGAGCGCAAACCGCAGCCAAGCGCCAUCGUCCCCCCCACCAUAUUGUGAUUCACACCAAAAUAAUAAUCCUACAUUUUUUGGAUCAUCCAUCCAUCCAUCUUCUACCGCUUAUCCGAGAUCGGGUCGCGGGGGCAACAGCCUAAGCAGGGAGGCCCAGAUUUUCCUCUCCCCGGCCACUUCGUCCAGCUCCUCCUGGCGGAUCCCGAGGCGUUCCCAGGCCAGUUGGGAAACAUAGUCUCUCCAACGUGUCCUGGGUCUUCCCCGAGGCCUUUUACCGGUCGGACUUGCCCUGAACACCUCCCAAGGGAGGCGUCCGGGAGGCAUCCUGACCAGAUGCCCAAGCCACCUCAUCUGGCUCCUCUCAAUGCGGAGGAGCAGUGGUUCUACUCCGAGUCUCUCCCGGAUGACAGUGCUUCUCACCCUAUCUCUAAGGGCCUUUUGGCUUAGCUCUCUCUUCACCACAACAGACCGAUGUAGAGUCUGCAUCACUGCAGACGCCGCACCAAUUCGCUUAUCGAUCUCGCGUUCCAUCCUUCCCUCACUCGUGAAUAAGACCCCAAGGUACCUAAACUCCUCCACUUAGGGCAGGAUCUCAUCCCCGACCUGGAGAUGGCAUUCCACCCUUUUCCGGGCGAGAACCAUGGACUCGGACUUGGAGGUGCUGAUUCUCAUCCCGGCCGCUUCGCACUCGGCUGCGAACCGAUCCAGUGAAAGUUGAAGUUCACGGCUUGAUGAAGCCAGCAGGACCACAUCAUCUGCAAAAAGCAGAGACUCAAUCCUGCAGCCACCAAACCGGAACCCCUCAACGCCCUGGCUGCGCCUAGAAAUUCUGUCCAUAAAAAUAAUGAACAGAAUUGGUGACAAAGGGCAGCCCUGGCGGAGUCCAACCUUCACUGGAAACGGGUCCGACUUACUGCCGGCAAUGCGAACCAAACUCUGACACCGGUCAUACAGGGAACGAACAGCUUGAAUUAGCUGGUCCGAUACCCCAUACUCCCGGAGUAGUCCCCACAAAAUUCCUCGAGGAACACGGUCGAAUGCCUUCUCCAAGUCCACAAAACACAUGUAGACUGGUUGGGCAAACUCCCAUGCACCCUCAAGGACCCUGCUGAGAGUGUAGAGCUGGUCCACAGUUCCACGACCAGGACGAAAACCACACUGCUACUCCUGAAUCCGAGAUUCAACUAUCAGGCGGAUUCUCCUCUGCAGAACCCCUGAAUAGACCUUACCAGGGAGGCUGAGGAGUGUGAUUCCACGAUAGUUGGAACACACCCUCCGGUCCCCCUUCUUAAAAAGGGGAACCACCACCCCGGUCUGCCAAUCCAGAGGCACUGCCCCCGAUGUCCACGCGAUGCUGCAGAGUCGUGUCAACCAAGACAUGCCUACAGCAUCCAUGGCCUUAAGGAACUCCGGGCGGAUCUCAUCCACCCCCGGGGCCCUACCACCGAGGAGCUUUUUGACAACCUCAGCAACCUCAGCCCCAGAGAUAGGAGAGCCCACCGUGGAGUCCCCAGGCUCUGCUUCCUCAUAGGAAGACGUGUCGGUGGGAUUGAGGAGGUCUUGGAAGUAUUCUUUCCACCGAUCCACAACAUCCCGAGUUGAGGUCAGCAGCACACCAUCCCCACCAUACACGGUGUUGACUGUGCACUGCUUCCCCCUCCUGAGACGCCAAAUGGUGGUCCAGAAUCUCUUCGAAGCCGUCCGGAAGUCGUUCUCCAUGGCUUCUCCGAACUCCUCCCAUGUCCGAGUUUUUGCCUCAGCGACUGCCAGAGCCGCAGACCGCUUGGCCUGCCGAUACCUGUCUGCUGCUUCCGGAGUCCCAUGAGCCAAAAAGGCCCGAUAGGACUCCUUCUUCAUCUUGACGGCAUCCCUCACCACUGGUGUCCACCAACGGGUUCUGGGAUUACCGCCACGACAGGCACCAACCACCUUACGGCCACAGCUUCGAUCAGCUGCCUCGACAAUAGAGGCACGGAACAUGGCCCAUUCAGACUCAAUGUCCGCUACCUCCCUCGGAACAUGGUCGAAGCUCUCCGGGAGGUGGGAGUUGAAACUCCUUCUGACAGGGGACUCUGCCAGUCGUUCCCAGCAGACCCUCACAAUACGUUUGGGCCUGCCAGGUCUGACCGGCAUCCUCCCCCACCAUCGGAGCCAACUUACCACCAGGUGGUGAUCAGUUGACAGCUCCGCCCCUCUCUUCACCCGAGUGUCCAAAACAUAUGGCCGCAAGUCCGAUGAUACGACCACAAAGUCAAUCAUGGAAGUGCGGCCUAGGGUGUCCUGGUGCCAAGUGCACAUGUGGACACCCUUAUGCUUGAACAUUGUGUUUGUUAUCGACAAUCUGUGACGAGCACAGAAGUCCAAUAAGCACAGAAGUCCAAAGCACCGCUCGGGUUCAGAUCAGGGGGGCCGUUCCUCCCAAUCACGCCUCUCCAGGUCUCACUGUCGCUGCCAACGUGAGCAUUGAAGUCCCCCAGCAGAACAAGGGAAUCGCCCGAGGGAGCACUCUCCAGUACUUCCUCUAGAGACUCCAAAAAAGGUGGGUAUUCUGAACUGCUGUUUGGCGCAUAAGCACAAACAACAGUCAGGACCCGUCCCCCCACUCGAAGGCGGAGGGAAACUACCCUCUCGUUCACCGGGUUAAACUCCAACAUGCCGGCCACAAGUCGGGGCGCAACAAGAAUUGCCACUCCUGCCCGUCGCCUCUCACUGCUGGCAACGCCAGAGUGGAACAAGGUCCAACCCCUCUCAAGAGGACUGGUUCCAGAGCCCUUGCUGUGCGUUGAGGUGAGUCCGACUAUAUCUAGCCGGAACUUCUCAACCUCAUGCACCAGCUCAGGCUCUUUCCCUACCAGAGAGGUGACAUUCCAUGUCCCUAGAGCUAGUUUCUGUAGCUGAGGAUUGGACCGCCAAGGUCCCCGCCUUCGGCUGUCACCCAGCUCACUCUGCACCCGACCCCUUUGGCCCCUCCCAUGAGUGGUGAGCUCAUUGGAGGGGGGACCCAUGUUGUCUCUUCGGGCUGUGCCCGGCCGGGCCCCAUGGGCGUAGGCCCGGCCACCAGACGCUCGCCAUCGUGCCCCUCCUCCAGGCCUGGCUCCAGAGGGGGGCCCCGGUGACCCGCGUCCGGGCAAGGGAAAACGUGGUCCAAUGUUUUUUGUCAUCAUAGAGGUCUAUUGAGCUACUCUUUGUCUGAUCCCUCACCUAGGACCUGUUUGUCGUGGGUGACCCUACCAGGGGCAUAGAAACCCCUGACAACUUAGCUCCUAGGAUCAUCGGGACACGCAAACUCCUCCACCACGAUAAGGUGGUAGCUCAGAGAGGAGAUUUUUUUUUUUUGGAUCAGUCUUUGCUAAUUUGUAGAACAUGUUGGAAACUUGUGCUGUGUUUAUUUUGCCAAAUGCUCUGACCAUUUUAUGUGGAGUUAUAAGCACAAAUACCGAAAAUGGUCCUAUCUUGCGAUGUUAAAGAAUCCUUUAAAAAAAAAUUCCUGGAUCCAGACGGUGAUCCGGAUCACCCCCCAAAUUUAGCCACUUCCUCCAUAUCCCAUUUCCGACAAUUCCUGAAAAUUUCAUUCAAAUCCAUUCUCAAAUUUUCAAGUUAUUUUGAACACAAACAAACAGACGCCGACAAAAACAUGCGUUUUGCGCUUGGCGGAGGUAAUGAGACUGCCUCCCCUGACUGCACGUCGCUGCUUCCCAUCUCUACUUAACGAUGCCGGGGAAGGCAAACAGACGAAGAGAGUCUCCAAGCUCUGAGUUCUCUUUGGACUAUAUUGUUUGUCGUUACUCCCGCUAGCUGAAUGUUGGGCUGCACCGAAUUUGUUCUCAGAGUAGACUCGUAACACGAGGCCCACUUCCUGUCCCUCACUCAAUGUGUACUGUGUGGGAAAUCGAAUUUCUGGACCAAAAAAAUCUGAUUCCAAAUAACGUUACACCCCUAAUGAGUGCUAACUGUUCAUUCCGGUAUCUUUAUUAACGAAAAUAUAACACCCCCAGGCCCUUUUUGCAAGUGAAUUGAUAACACCCAUCGUCUGUGCGUCAUCCGUGUGGCGUGUUUGCUUGUACACAAUGUAUCGAGGCUUCAGUCGAUAUGUUUGUUUUAAACGGUGACAAGGAUUAUCUCAUGACUUCAACUACUGUUUCCUUGCUUACAUGCCCACGUGUGACAUUUAUAAAGUGGCUAUCUGUUUUCAUGUGGACUUUUUAUGUGUCAUUUUUUAUCGGAAUAAAGUUUUCACGUAAACUUCGAUAUAUUGCAGUGUUUUAUUAGUUCUUUUGGGCAUCAUAGAGAAAGCCUGGCAACCACACUACAAAAACUAAUGUGCUUAUUAUUUGUUGGAUAAGAACAUUUGCCUUAGCAGGUUGGGUUUUUUUUGUUUGUGGAUAUUAUUGAUACAAGUUUUUUUUUGUAUUGCUUAAUUUUCUUGACAAGGUAUUUUAACCCUCGACGCACCUUCUCAUUGUGCCUCGCAAUAUCACGUCUGAAAAAUGCCUGUUACGACGGAUUAUUAAAAUAUUAAAAUAAUCGGAGAUUUUGAGAAUAAAGUCGUAAAUUUACAAGAAAAAAAACUUCAUACAUUACCAGAAUGUCCGACUUCAUUCUCGUAAAUUUACGACUUUUUUUUCUCGUAAAUGUACUUUUU